CUUCGAAAUAUUUGAAAUAUAAUUAAUAUAAUAUAUUUUAUAAUUUAAUGAUGAUAACUCUCUAUAUACAGGAUACAUGAAAAAGCUUUGGAAUACUUGUCAAAACAAGCAAAAGUGUCUUAAUAAACAUAAGUCCAAAACUAAUGGUUUUUGAUUUAGGAAGAUGUUUAAUAUAUAAAACCAUAGUUUAUAAUAAACAAAUUACAUUGUUAUAUGUAUUGAUACAAGGAUUCGAAAACUUGAUGUCAAGAGAUAAGAGAAAUAUUGGGAAUCUUUCAAUAUGUUAAAAUGUGUGUUGAAAUGAAUAGGGGACAUACUGAACAUAUGGUAUAAAGCUUAUAUCUUACUGACAGAAGCACCUUUUAACUCACAAAGAUUUUAAUAAAUUAAUAUAUUUAAGAAAAUGAAACGAGCACGUAUAAAAGCUAUGGUUACUGUUCCAACCCGAAGGAAGCCAACACAAGAUAUAUCCAUUACUGAAGACCCUAAUUCAAUUGAAAACAAUGAGAAAAAUAAAGAUAUAUCUAAUGACAUUUGUAUAACAUCACAACAAAUUUCAAAAAAUGUUUUCCAAGAAACACAAAUACAAGAAGAUGAUACAAAAGAUGUAGACGAUACAAAAAAAUUAAUACAUCAAAUUCAAGAGGUAGGAGACCAAAAAGAGAAUGAGGAAUUACAUGUUGAUAAUCAAUGUAGUGAACAUAAGGAUGACUCUACAAAAAAUUCUGAAAAAUCUAUGAAAGAAAUUGUACAUUCCCCAGAAGUUUUAAAUACAACACAAAUUAAUUCUCCUAUAAAAUUAACACAAAAUCGGACUGGUUUUAUGAAACCAACGCCAAAAUUCGAUAAUAGUAAUAGAAUAAGAAGGAAUAGUAUUCAAGGGAGUGGAGCAAGUACAAGUGAAUCUGAAGAUGAUAGCAGGAGACUAUCAUGCACUAUUGCUAAUCAUACUAGGAACGAUUUAACGCAAUCAACAAAUAAUACAAAAGAUGCAGUUACUAAUAAUAUCAAGAAUAAUUUAAUAACAUCCAAAGUAGGACAAAAGAGACGUAUUUUAGUUUCAGAAUCUGCAAGGAAACUAGCAGAAGCUAGAAGAGAAUUUCAUUUAAAACAUGAAAAUAAAACCCCAGAUAGAAGCAAACUUACAAUGUAUGAUUUAAUUUAUUAUAAUCCUGUUACUAAUCCCAUGAAAAAGUCUAAAGACUCUGCCAUAUCAACAAGAAGAGUCUCAGAAUGUCAAUCUGAAGAAUUUCAGGAAGAAGAAAAUGAAGAUGAUCCAUCUACAAUGCCAGUACCUCAAGUAAAAGUUGGACCGAAUGGUGAAUUAAUAAUAGAUGAACAGAGUCUUGUUAUAGAGCAAACUAAUGCAAAGAAAAGUAGGAAAGUAUUAGCAAAAGAAGCUAUUAUUGAUGAUGAUAAUAGUGGAAGUGGAUUUUAUAAAAAGCGUCAGAAAAGUAAAGAAUGGUCUGCACGAGAAACUUUAAAUUUCUAUAGGGCAUUAAAUACAAUUGGUACAGACUUUUUGUUGAUGCAAAGUCUUUUUCCUAACAGAACGAGACAGGAAAUGAAGAUAAAAUUUAAAAAAGAAGAGAAAGUAAAUAGACAUUUGGUUGAAAAAGCUCUUGCAUAUCAUCAAGAAUUUGAUACUGAAAUGUUAGAAAAGUCAUUAGCUGCAUUUGAAACUUCAGAGAAAGAACUUUUAAGUAUAAAAGAAAAACGUAAACAACAAAGGAUGAAGAAGAAUAAAAAAUCAAGGAAACGACGAAUAAGUAAAUUAGCACGCAGUAUUGGGAUUGAAAGCGAGACUGAUAGUGAAGAAGGAGAAGAAGGAGAAGAUGAAGAAGAAAAAGGAGAAGAAGGAGAGAAAGAAAAAUGCAGCUUGGAUUCAAUGGUAUACAAAGAAAAUACAAAAUCAAAUGGAAAAUAUCAACAAACAUUAAAUAAGACAAAUAAAAAACUUUAUAAAAAACCAAGAGAUGAGGAAAAGUUAUUGACUGAAAGAGAUGACGUAGAAUCAUUAAAUUCAUGUAACGAUGUUGACAGUGAUACUGAAGUUUAUCGUGUAAGACCAACAAGAUCUGGAAGAUUACCAAAAGUAAAAAGAUUACAGGGACCUGAUAUAAAUACGUUUGAUAAUGAAAGGUUAAAUUAUUGCUCUAAUGAUCAUAAAAUUACAAUUUCUUCAGAAAAUGAUGGUAAAGUUACAGAGGAUUUAAUGUUAGACAAAAUCAAUUCAGAAAUUCAUCAUAUAGAUCCUCUUAAAACAGUUAUACCAAAUAUCGGUGACGUAGAACCAGGAUCCUUAGUUAUUUUGUCAAAAGAAUCUCUGGAGGAACCAGGUAAAAGUGUUUUGCAAGUUUAUAUGGUUAGUUCAGACGUUCAUCCUUAAGAUUUCGAAAAACCUAACAUACAUAUGUCACUAAACUCUUGUAAUUCGCGAUUAUAAUCACUGACUAUCAAAUGUUAAAUCGCUUUCAGCAAAAAAAAUACUUAAUUUAAUUUACAUGCAAGUUUUUAAAUUAACUUAGUUUAAUAUACAUAUAUCUUUAUAUCAUUUAAAAUUUCUACUAUAAAUUUCACAUACUUGUAUAUCAUAUUUAAAUUUUUAGUAAGAAUUCAAAUGCACUUGUGUAUAUUAUAUGUUUAUAAAAAUGCACUUGAUAGUGUUAGUUCAUUGUUUUAGUUAAAUUUUUACUUUAUUUACUUAAAUUUUUUAUUAUUAGACUAAAGAAAAUUGAUUUAAUAAUUCCUUCAUAAUGUGAUUUGUUUGAUACGAGAUUAUAAAGAAGAUGAUAAACAGAAAUUAUAACGAUAAGGACGCAAAUAUUAAACUUCACAAUUAUGAUAAACGUAAUAUAGAUCAAUUAGUUCAUGUAAAAAAUUUAAAUAUUUUUCUAUUUCCAAUCAUUAUAAAAUUCCAAUUGACACAUGAAUAUUAAAUACCACUUCUAGAUCCAUAAGCCAGGUUCGGAUGUUUAUUCUAUCUGUUUUUAUAUAAAUCUAGAAUGUUCGAUCAUAACUCUGCUUAUUAAUUAUUGGCAGCAUACAUUGUUAUACAGUAGCACAUACUUUGGAGAGUGCCAUUUUCCAUACAGUGCAUUAAGUAAUAAUAAUGCUAAUUCUUUAAAUCUUAAAUGUGACCUGGAAUACAUUUCAACUUUUGAAUGUAGUCGUGAAUUAUAAAUGUGAAUGGUUUGACUGUUAUAUUCCUAGCUUUUGAGUUGUAAAUAUUUAUAUAAUAUUUGUUCUUUUUAUGAUUAAUUGUGAAACUUGGACAAUAUAAUGAGUAUUAGACUACUUUCCUAAAGAUUCAAACGAAUCAUACAAUAUAUUUGUAAUUUUAUAAUCUUGUUUGAUGCUUUUAUGUAUUUUUAUGUGUAUUAAGUUCUGUUAAAUAAUUUCCAUACAUCAGAUUUUAGCAACUAUCAUGAUGCAUUGAAUAAGAUUGUAGUGUUUAACAUACCUGCUUAAGACUACCUAUCAGAGUUCAACUUAUUUUAAUUACAUUGAUGUUAUCUAUAUUGUAUUUUAUUAUCAUUUUCUAAAUUGCAUAAUAUUCUAUCACAUUGGAGCAAUUUAGGAAAUAUUGUAAAAUGCUGAUUUUUGUAACAUUUUUUACAUGAACAUAUUUUGCUUAUAUAUAUUUUAAUAGUAGUUUAUUAUAUAUAAAUUUUAUUAGUACUUGAAUUCAUCAUGACUAUAAAUAUCAAGCAAAGAAAUAUUUUCUGAAAAUUUCAUUUAUGUAAAUAUGAAUUCGGUUGUAAUUGAGUUAAAUUAAUUUUCAAAACUUGACUAAAAUGUACAAGCUGCAUAAAAAAUAAAUGUCACGAUCACCACUGUGAGAUUCUAUAUCUCUGAAUCGGUGAAGAUUUGUUUAAAAAAGUUCCUGCAUUUAUUUUGUAUGUACUCUGUACAUAUUUGCAUCAUUAUGAUAUUGUAAUUUGGUUUUAAUUGUUUAAUAUAUAUACUUACCUGUUAAUUCUCUAUACUCCAAGCUUGGAUUAUAAGUAUAGGAUUAGUAUCUGUAAUGUUAUUGCAUACUUCUCAUGCAUUAGCAGGAUAAGGUACACUUAUGGGAGUUAAAGAACUAAGUAUUUCAUAAUUUUGCCUGUUCAACAUCCGGGACACCUUCCACAGUUAUAAAUAACUACAAAAGUAUUUUACUCAUUAAAAUUAAAUUUAUCCCAUUAGCAAUAAAGAAUAAUGUGCGAAAAUAGCAAAUUUGCAUUAUUCAAUAAAUGGUAUAUUUUCCUUGUUUAAAAAUAUUACUAUUGAUAGGAAAAGUGCUUGUUCGAAGUUAUUAGUACAAAAGUUAAACUAAUUUAGUAUAAUUAGAAAAUUAAAAUAAUAUACAUAAUAGCAAAAAACGUUUGUAUUUAAUUAUUUUUCAAAGAAAGAUUUGGUGAACUUGUAGAACCAUUCCGUCCUUUCCGAUUUCUAUAAUUUUUGGAUAUUUUGUAAAGUUCAACAUUUUGAACAACUUUUUCGUACAUAUGUAACGGGGUCGGUUUCGCUUAUUUUACAAGAUAUUCGCAAAAAAACUGCAGGUACCACUAGAGUGUAUUUCUGUCUAUAGUUGUGCGUCUGUGGCUGCGUAUGCGUUAGUGUUGAUUGCAGGCCAUUUGCCGCUUAUUUUUGUUUAUAAACAAAUAUCUACAACAUAUAUACGAAACUGCAAAAAUUGUCUCUUAUAAUUGACUUAAAAAUGAAUAUCAUCAACGUAUUGGGUUUGGAUUAAUUUUCAUAAUUCAGCCGCUACGAGUCUGGUAACGCUUGCGUGAAAUAAUAACAAAUUAAUUACGAAAAUAAUAGACGAAUGAAUAAUUAGUACUAUUUUACGAAAUAGAAUAAUCAUUAUAUUUCACGGCAGCCGACUGCCUCGCAGCGAUAUUGGAAAGUUUAAUUCAAACUCAGACUCAUUAAUGAUAUUCACUUUUAAUUGAGUUAUAACUUAUAAAAAGAUCGCAUUUCUUACAGCUUCGUAUAUGCACGUUGUGUACGGGAUCUUAACGCUCGUCCAACUCUCUUUUAUAAACAGAAGAUAAGCAGCCAGCAAUAGGCAACUCAUAUUAACGCAUAUGUUGUCACAGAUGCACAACUACAAGCAGAAAUACUCUGUAGCGAUACCUAUAGUUUUUUGUAAAUAUCUCGGAAAUUAAUCGAGACCAACAGUAAUAUGUAUAAAGAACAAUUGCUCAAAAUGUUGAUUUCUCAAAGUUCUACAAGUUCACCAAAGAUUUAUUUAUCUUGAUUAUGAAUGUACAAAAUGAUAUACGAUUUCAUAGUAAACAAAUUUGUUUAAAAAGUGUAGUUUGAACUUCUUUAAAUAUAAAAAUGCAAAUUGUAAUUAAAUUUUGUAUAAAGAGAUUUAAAUUAAUUUUGUAUAUUAUGGUGCAUAAUAUAUACCUUUUUCUAAUAAUGUUAAGUCUUUACAAUAAUAUAUUAUAUGUAUAUAAAAUAUAUAAAUAUAUACUUGAAUAUUAAUGUUA